AUGAUUGAAGCAAAAACAGGACAGAGUAUUGCUAGGGUAUAAAAUUCAGCACCUUUAUGUCUAUGUUCCACACUAAGCAGCCACCCUACCCUAUCAAUCAUCAAGACUUUAACCCACCAAAACUUUCCUAAAUUCUUCUCACAAAUUUCUCCAUACCCUCUUCAUUUUCUCCCCAAAAUCAUCUUUCUUCAACCCUUUUUUCCUCUUUCUUGAUCUUCACACACUCAUGGAUGUUCAAGAUCACACCACUCACACCACCCACUCAGGUCAUCAUGAGGGUCAUGGUGUUCAUUUAUGUCAUAGAUGUGGGUGGCCUUUUCCAAACCCUCAUCCAAGUGCUAAACACAGAAGAGCCCACAAGAAGAUCUGUGGAACUAUUGAAGGUUACACUAAUAUAAUUGGUUCAGAAGUGGUUUCUGAUGAUGAUCAUCUCUCAGAUGAUGAUAAAGAAAAAAGCCCAAGUCCUAAGGUUGAGAUCAAGGGAAGUUUGGCUAGAUCUGAAGAUGAGUUUACAGAUGCUGUUACUGAAUUUGCAGACACUGGAUCUGCAAAGAAAGCUCUUGAUAGGGAUUUGUUUUUUUCAUUUAAAGAUGCUGAAAAUGAUGGUGCUAAUGAGUUGUUAAACGCUGUAGAGACCAGCAAAGUCGAUACUAGCAUCGAAGUUUCUGAAAAGACUGAUUCCCAUAUCGAGAAAACUGAAGAAAAAACCGAGAUAAAAACUGUAGUUGAUUCAUCUGAGUCAAACGUUGAAUUGACCGGAACAGGUGAACCGGUCAAAGAUGGAGUUGCGGGACCCGCUGCUUCCGAGCCAACUCAUGCCUCUCUGCCACAAGAGGCUAAAUCUAUUGAUGUCAUGGAGGCAGGGGAGGAAAAGGGUCAAGAAAGUCAAACUUCCGAAACUAUUACCGAAGAAGCUAAAGAUUCGGAGAUUACCAAAACAACCCCUGAAGUUUCCGCAAUUGUUGGUGGAUGCGAUGAUAACGUUAGCGAAGAAAUCAAGCACGAGAUCAAACCCGACUGUGAACAUGUUUCAGAAGUUGCUAAAGAAACCGAAGUUGAUCAGACCGUUUCGGUUCCAAAUGAAAAGGUGGAAGAUCUUGGUGCACCAAAGGAACUGAUCCAGGAAGUUGUCAACGAACCUGUUGCGGUUUUGACCGAGACGAAGGAUCUUGAAGAACCCGCAUUGGAAAAAAGCUCAUGUGAACAGAUUCAAGAAGCUGUGAACGAACCCGUUGCGGUUUUGAUUGAAAAAGAGGAUCUUGGUGGACCCCAUUUGGAAAAACAAUCAAUCGAACACAAACACACCGACGAGUUUGUAGAAAAGCCCGAUUCUGUUUUGACUGAAAAAGAUAUUUGUACACCAGAAUUUGUGAAGGAAACCGACACGGUUUUGACUGAAAAGGAGGAUCUUGGUGGACCCCACUUGGAAAAACAAUCAAACGAACAUGUUGUCGAAAAACCUGAUUCAGUUUCGACUGAAAAGGAGGAUCUUGGUGGACCCCACUUGGAAAAACAGUCAAACGAACAUGUCGUCGAAAAACCUGAUUCAGUUUCGACUGAAAAGGAGGAUCUUGGUGGACCCCACUUGGAAAAACAGUCAAACGAACAUGUCGGCGAAAAACCUGAUUCAGUUUCGACUGAAAAGGAGGAUCUUGGUGGACCCCACUUGGAAAAACAGUCAAACGAACAUGUCGUCGAAAAACCUGAGUCAGUUUCGACUGAAAAGGCGGAUCUUGGUGCACCCGAAUUGGAAAAACGCACACAAGAAAACAUUGUUGAAGAACCUGAUUCGGUUGAUGUUAGUGCAAACAAGUCUGAAACAUGCUCAAACGGUGAAGUUAUAGAACAAACGGUCGUUAAUGACCGUAAUCUUGUUGCUGAUGUCAGCGCUGAAACGGUUACGCUCAAAGAUUCGUCUGAUACUUCUGUUAACAAUAGCAAGGAUGCUUCUGUUGUUGAAGAAGUGCUCUCUACCGCUUCAAUCGAUGCCGAAACUAUACAAUCAACUGAAAAACCAAAAGUCAACUCUGAGAAGUCAAAUGCAGCAAAUUCUGAUGUUUACGAGCCUCCGUCGUUUAUGACACUAGUCGAACCGGAACCAGAAAGCAAAGACAACAAAUGCAAUUCUUCCAAAGUGCAAGAUUCACAACAGCAACCAAACUCCGAAGCUUCACAAGCCGGGUGGUUCCCAACUUUGACCGAAGUCAACCAUGAAUCCGACGGAAGAAAGAAAAACGAAGAAGCAAUCGCAAAAGUUACAAACUCGAGCUCCGGAAAACAUUCUACGCCUCUAAAGAACCUGCUCGGUGAAGCCAGAUCGCCAAGUGGCAAACAACCCGACCCGGUCGUUCAGAAAGAUGAAGCUACGGUCAACCAUUCGGUCAAUGAUGACGUGUCGUCGCCACCAAAGCUGAUUGAGGAUGGUAAGAAAGGGAGGAAGAAGGUCAAGGGUAUAAGUUCGUGGGUUCCGUUUGCAUGCUGUUCGUCGGUAAAUGCUGUUAAGUAGAACACGAUGCAUACGCGGUAACGCUGUUGGAUAGUUUGAUACUUUGAUUGAUCUUUGUCUGUUAAAUUUGAGUGUUUAAAUUGUUGCUAGUUUUGUAUUUGUAUAUUUUUUUUUUUAUAUAGAUGGAUCAUGAUUGUUUCUUUUAAGGUUUUAAGUGAUAUACAAUGGUUGUUUUGUACU